AUUGGCUAACUCGAAAGCUUGCACCCACCUUGUGAGACCCUCUUCAAAGCCGUAUCAGUUCCCCGCAGACUGGACGUUUUUUAUGCGCGGGGCGAGUGCGAAUGAAAUUGGCAAACAACGUCAUCUGAGGGUUAUACAUUUAAAUAAAGAACUAAUAUAGUAUUGACAUGGCUUGCAAAAAAUUAGGAAACUUGAGUCAUGGAAUGUGGCAAAGAAGCUCUAGUUCCAGAGCUUCGCUUUUUGCAGGAUUUAAUAUCCCUGUCUUUGCUUGUGGAAGUUUCUUCUCGGCUGGUCCAAUACAGCAGGGACAGAAAUCCUGCGAAGACGGCCAGAACUGUGGACCGACCAAAAGCAGGGCAGCUAAUCACAUCCCCGUUGCAGCCGCAGUCACAUCGCACAGACACCAAAUCGUGGGGAAAAACAGAGGCGAAGAAUCGCUUGCCAAAUCUGGCAGGGCAUUCUCCUCCACGGCCCCGCAGAUAAAAAAUAAAACAUACUUGUGGGCGAGAUACAAUGAGAUGAAACGACUUGUGCACGAUUUGAUUCCUCCUGGAGUAUGCAGUUUGCUGAACCCUUCCACCAUCUAUGCCAAUAAUGAAGUGAAUCUGGAAGAGGUGGACAUCUACGGCUUCGACUAUGAUUACACGCUUGCACUUUAUUCCAGUGCGCUGGAUGAGAUGAUUUACAACAAGGCUCGAGAAUUUCUUGUUCAGCAUUACAAGUAUCCUGAGGGAAUUAGCAAGUAUGACUACAUUCCCAACUUUGCAACACGGGGCCUUCACUAUGACAUCCAGAAGGGACUUCUGAUGAAAAUUGAUGCCUUCCAUUACAUCCAGCUGGGCACAGUUUAUAGGGGUCUGAAGCCUGUCCCUGAUGAGGAGGUAAUGCAACUUUAUGGAGGUUCGAAUCACGUUCCCCUCCACCAAGUCAGUGGAUUCUAUGGCAAGGGUCCCAAGAUGAAGCAGUUUAUGGAUGUUUUCUCCAUUCCUGAGAUGACUCUUUUGGCAGCUGCAAAUGAUUACUUCAUCUCAAAUGACAUAGAAUAUGACCCAGUGCAUCUCUACAAAGAUGUUUCAGAUGCAAUUGGAAUGGUACAUAUCAAAGGUUACAUGUACAAGUGGAUCAUGCAGGAUCUCGAGAAAUACAUUCUCAGAGGAGAUGAGACAUAUGCUGUGCUACACCGAUUGGCCAGCCAUGGGAAGAAACUUUUCCUAAUUACAAACAGCCCUUUCAGCUUUGUUGACAAAGGCAUGAAAUACAUGGUUGGAAAGGACUGGAGGGAAUUCUUUGACGUUGUCAUUGUUCAAGCUGACAAGCCACAUUUCUUCAAUGACUGUGUGAAACCAUUCAGACGUUUGGACAGCAAUGGUGACUUACAGUGGGAUAGGAUCAAGAGUUUGGAUAAGGGACAGAUUUAUAAGCAGGGAAACCUAGUAGAUUUUCUGAAGCUAACAGGAUGGCGGGGAUCCAAGGUUUUCUACUUUGGAGAUCAUCUCUACAGUGACUUGGCAGACCUGAUGCUUCGACAUGGUUGGAGGACAGGAGCGAUUGUGCCUGAACUUGAAGUGGAGACGAAGGUUGUGAACACAGAGCAGUACGCCCAAAGUCUCACCUGGUUGCAGGCACUCACUGGCCUGCUGGAGCGCAUGCAGAUGCAUCGAGAUCCUCAGUCCAAGAAGGUUCUGCAGGAAUGGCUCAAAGAGAGAGAGGAGCUACGGGCAGUCACUAAGAACCUCUUCAACCCUCACUUUGGCAGCAUAUUCCGUACCUGUCACAACCCGACCUACUUUUCCCGCCGGCUGUGCCGUUUCUCUGACCUCUACAUGGCUUCUAUCAGCUGCCUGCUUAACUAUGAUCUCUCUUACACGUUUUACCCUCGCCGCACACCACUGCAGCAUGAAGCCCCUCUCUGGAUGGACCAGCUCUGUACCGGCUGCAUGAAGAUGCCCUUUUUGGAGGAGAUGGCCCAUAUUCGCUAAAACUGCUGAGCUGGUUUUGAGCGCAAACAUAAACUGAAUUGUGGGGGUGCAAGCCUUUUGUGGCAUUGGAGACGUGGCAACUUAUGCAGGAACUCUAGGAUGGAGCCACCUGCUGGAAGUUAUGUCACAAUGCAUCUCAUUGUUCUCAGGCCUUGGACACUGUAAGACAGAAAGGCUUGUUGAUGACUUAUCUCUCCAUAAUGUGUUCUUAUCUCUAACUGUUUUUUAUUUGAGGACAUUGUAUUAUGCCUUACUGAACUAAACAUAGUUAAAUGUUCAGUGGUUUACACUUUUUGUUUUAGGUUUUGUAGAUUUAAUUCUGUACGUCAUGAGUAUUGUAGUUACAACAGAAGGAUUUGUGUAAUAACAUGAAUUCUGAUGAAUCAACACAAGGAGGAGGAAAUACAAUUACCUAUUCUUGGGGUACCCAGACUUUAUACUCUGGUAGGCCAAAGUAUAAGCCGCUGGCUAAAAAUGCACAAUGUAUUACAAAUACAGUAGGUCUGAUUAGAUGUUCAAAUAGGUAUAAAACCUUCAGUCUUGGUGUUGUAAUGUUACUAACCAUAUUACUUGCCUUCCCUACACUACAGUAACAAUGUAGUCCAUAGUUAGACUUUAAAUAUACACAGAUAAUCCUACAUUAACCACUCUCUACAGCUUUUUGUAUUACCUUUUUUUUUUUUUGACAACUAUAUUACACACAUGUAAGCUUCUGGAUGGCCAAACCAAAUGCUGUUGUUUUUGACCUGCAGGCCUCACUGUUUGUGUCUUUAGACAAAGCUUCUGUAAAAUCAGAGCAUUGUUUGAUUACAUUUAAAUCUUUUAAUAGCUAUGCUGCUAAAAUCAGCUCUCCAGGAACAAGAUGUAUGUCUCAUGUUUGAUGUACUUGCUCUACAAUUUAUAAAAUCAAAUAAAAAGCUUUGUAAUACAA